CUGGCUGGAGUCGCGGUUUCUUCUCUCGGCCACUAGGUCCCCGCGGAGGCAGGGUCCCAGACCCCAGUGAGCAGUUGCGGGGUCCCGGAGCAGAGGCCCACAGGGACUCCGCAGCUAACGCCUGCGCGCUGGCCCGACAGCCAAUCCUGGGCCGUCUGCCAGCGGCGCCCUUUGACCCCGCGCCCCGGGCCUCCAGGAAUCCAGUCCGGCUCAGCCCUGCAGCCCGGUUCCGCACCGGUCCCCGCCGCUAGCAAAACAUUUACUAGUUUGGAGUUUAAAGUAUGUCAUCAUGGCAAAAUUUCGAAGAAGGACCUGCAUCAUUUUGUUACUUUUUAUUCUAUUUAUUUUCUCUCUGAUGAUGGGCUUAAAGUUACUGUGGCCAAACGCAGCAUCCUUUGGACCUCCUGUUGGACUUGACCUCCUUCCAGAACUUCGUCCACCAAACUCCCACUCAGGAAACAAAGCUGACUUCCAAAGGAGUGGUAGAAUCAACAUGGAAACAAAUACCAAGGAUUUAAAAGACAUGACUGUGCUGCCACCUAAACCCUCCGAGGCGGACCUGGAAGAACUGCCUCCUCUCAAUUAUUUUUUACAUGCAUUUUAUUACAGUUGGUAUGGAAAUCCACAGUUUGAUGGUAAAUAUGUACACUGGAAUCAUCCGGUCCUGGAACAUUGGGACCCUAGAAUAGCCAAGAACUAUCCACAAGGGAGACAUACUCCUCCAGACGACAUUGGCUCCAGUUUUUAUCCUGAGUUAGGAAGUUACAGCUCUCGAGACCCUUCUGUCAUAGAAACUCACAUGAAACAAAUGAGCUCAGCCUCAAUUGGAGUACUGGCCCUGUCUUGGUACCCACCUGAUUCAAGUGAUGAGAAUGGAGAAGCUACUGAUCACUUGGUACCAACUAUUUUGGAUAAAGCUCAUAAAUAUAAUCUGAAGGUCACUUUUCACAUAGAGCCAUAUAGCAAUCGAGAUGAUCAAAACAUGCAUCAAAAUGUCAAGUAUAUUAUAGACAAAUAUGGAAACCAUCCAGCCUUUUAUAGGUACAAAACCAGGACUGGACAUUCUCUGCCCAUGUUUUAUGUCUAUGAUUCCUAUAUCACAAAGCCUAAAACAUGGGCCAAUCUGUUAACACCCUCAGGAUCACAGAGUGUUCGCAGUUCUCCUUAUGAUGGAUUGUUUAUUGCACUUCUAGUAGAAGAAAAGCAUAAGUAUGAUAUUCUUCAGAGUGGUUUUGAUGGAAUUUAUACAUAUUUUGCCACAAAUGGCUUUACCUAUGGCUCAUCUCAUCAGAAUUGGAAAAACCUGAAAUCAUUUUGUGAAAAGAACAACUUGAUAUUUAUCCCAAGUGUAGGCCCAGGAUACAUAGAUACAAGCAUCCGUCCAUGGAACACUCAGAACACCCGCAACAGAGUCAACGGGAAGUAUUAUGAAGUUGGUCUCAGUGCUGCACUGCAGACCCACCCCAGUUUAAUUUCCAUCACCUCUUUCAAUGAGUGGCAUGAAGGAACUCAAAUUGAAAAGGCCAUCCCCAAAAGAACUGCUAACACGGUAUACCUGGACUACUGGCCUCAUAAGCCAAGUCUGUAUCUAGAACUCACUCGAAAGUGGUCUGAAAAAUACAGUAAGGAAAGAAUGACGUAUGCAUCGGAUCAAUAGCUGCCUGCGUCAUAAUGUAUCACUUAGAGUGUAUCAAGUUUCCUAGCUUCAGUCAAUGCACUGCAUUUUGAGUUAUGGAAAGAAAACUGUCAAAAUCAAUGUGUGUAACCUUUAUCAGUUAUUUAAUUUUUACUUUUAAAAAGAUUCAUUUUUCUACAAUGGAUAAUACCUUACAGAGAAAACAUCUGACAAGAAAGGUUGUGUCAGUAACAUUCCUGAUGUACUUUUCUGCAUUUCUAACUGCAAUUGAAAUUUUAAUGGGAUGGCCUUUUAGGUUGUUGUUUGACAGUAGAGAAAAUAAUUGUAUUACAUUACAAAAAGUAGCUAAGGUUCAGGUAAGUUUUACUUGUAUUCUGGGUCCAAAGACUGAGGUGUAUGUACAUGUUAGGUACAUCUGGCAACAACGGUUCAGACCUAAAGGACAGUGAGCGACUGUGCAUCAUUAAUAUUCUUAAUGGCUUCUUGUGAUCAAACUCACUUCUCAAGUUUCUUUUUAACACAACUUGUUUAAGUAACAAGUUAUUUUAUUUAUUACAUUUUUAGAUUUCUGUUAGCUAUGGUCUAUUAAAGAAUGGCUUUGUGCAGAACAUCCAUUAGUGUCAUCAUUUGAAGACUUGGAUGGCUGUGGUGCUGAGUGCUUUUGCAUGGUUAAUGCCCCUGGUGUGUCCUGCUGAAUUAAAGACUAGAAAAAACAGAUAGUUUGAUAAAUUUUAACGACUGCUUUUCUUUUAUAAGGAAAACCAUUGUUUCUUAGUGGUUAAAAUAAAUGUUCACGAGAGACUACUGAACUGACUGAGAAAGGAUAAUGUUAAUACUCAAAAGUGUUUUCCUUUUAAUAUUUUAAUUUAAUUUUACUGUAAGUAAUACAAAAUUUACUUAUGACUUUAAACUAGAGAUAAACAAAUAUUUUUAGAUAAACAAACAAAUAUUUUUAAAGAACAUUAUAUUUUUCAGUUAUGUCCUCAUUUGAAUGUCUUACACUUUUACAGUGGCUAUUGGUUUAAAAAGAAAAUGUUAGUGGUCCAUAGCUGUCAUGUGGUUACAAAUUGAUAAGUUCUAUGCUAAAAAUAAGUUUUUUGUAAAAGUGAAAAUAGAAGAAGUAGACUGAAUUAAAUAUUUAUAAUUAAAAUAGGAAAAACAGCUAGUCUACAUAAUUUUAUGCAACUGUUAUUUCUUAGUUCUACAGAGAGAAUCAUUUGAGUAACGUUAACAAAUAAUACGUGCCAGUCUUCAUAGCAUAAAGACAUUCAGAAACAAGUAAGUUCUGGAAUUUAUCAUAAAAUACAUAGCAGAGAGGAACAAGUUUUAGGGUGAGGGUGCCUGACUUGUGAGGUAGGUUCUUCCAGUGCAAGCAUAAGGACCUGAGGCUGAAUACCUAGACCUCACAUAAACACAAGCUCAGAAGCACACAUGUUCUGUCCUAUGGCUCCUCCAGUGAGCUAGAGAAAAUGUAGGCAGGACAGAGCCCAGAAGUGUGUGAGCCAGUUAGCCUGCUGUAUACAGCAGCAAAUAAGACAUCUGUCUCAAACAGAGGGAAGCAAGGUCAGCAGGCAAGGUUGCUCUGACAUUCACCCACCUCAUGUCAUAUUCAGUCUCCCUCUUACUCUGGAAUGUUUGCAGAUACACAGAGAGCUUUUAGAACUUGCUUUUAAAAUAAUGCUUGUAGAAUAAAACCUUUUUCAGGAAUUCUACUAACCUUAUUAAAUUAAAAUUCUUUAUUUAUCAUAAAAUUAUUAGGCCAUAAAAAUUAUGAGAAUAAGAGUCUGAUUUUUCCAGAUAAAUUGUAAGAAUAACUUAAUAUAGUAAUAUUUUAAUAUUACACAUCUCCAUUGGAAUAAGGAGAAAUAUAACCUAUAGAAUUUUUCUUUGCUUUGCUAUGACAUUAAAGCUGAAUUAUUAAUAUAUAGAGUUUUAUAGCAUGUUUUCUUCAUUCCUUAUGUUACAGUUUAUAUUUGUAAAUAUAAACCAUAACAAAGAGAGAAUAUUAUGAAACAAUUCUGAGAUUAAGAAAAAGUCUGUGAAAAUAAAGUCAAGCAACUGUCAGUAAGAGUUCAACUUUCACAGCAGACCGCUAAACUUUAGUUCCUAGUACAUCUCCACCCUGUCAGUAGUCAGUCAGAACUUAAAAUUAGACAGAUGCUUUCUUUAGUGUUAAAGAAUUGUUGUUUAACAAAUGACUGAGAUCUCUUUUCAUAAGACUUACUAGUUGAUAAUUGUGUAAAUAACUGUAGUUACUCCUCUGGUUUCCAGAACCAAACAUCCAGCCAACUAAGGAUCAAAAUACGUGGGAAACAAAAAUCUAUUUAUAUAUAACAAGCGUGUUUAGUGUUUCUGUUCCAAAGCCAUACAGUAUAACCACCAUUUAUAUCUUUCUAGGUAUUAUAAAUAAGCUGAGAGGGUUUAAGGUGUUCCUGAAGAUUAUUAUGGAGUAUAUUCAAAUCCUGUUCCACUUUUUAAAGGGACCUAAGCGUAUUCAACCAGUUUCCCCUCUGAGUCUUGAAGCCAGUUCCACACAGAUACCAAGGGAUAGCUAUAUACACAAUAUUGCUAGGGGUAGUUAGAGGAAUGCCUUCAGAGACUCUUUCUCCAUGUGUCCUUUAUGGCUACCUCUGCUGUCGGACUGGAGACACAGUUGAAAUUGCAAUGAUCACAAGGAAAUUCGAUCAAAUGAUCCUGUUCUUAUUUUUAUAAAUCUGAAUGUUAGAAUACAGUAAACAUAAAGAAGUACAAUAUAUGUAAUGUAUGAAUUACAGUCAGGUUUUAAUAAGGUUUUUGUUUCGUGGAUUAACUCAUCUAAUUGUUUAGAAUGUAGAGAAGAACUAGAUCCUUAAUUCUUUUAAGACAAAAUGGUAAAAGACUGUCCUUAUUAAUGUUUGAGUUGUAUAUUAACUUGCUUAUUUAUGUGUGUAAAUUGGGAAAUGGUUUAUUUUGUUAUAUGAUGUUGAUUUUGUCUAAUAAAAGCAUAAAUGAAU